GUUAUAUUUGUUAUGGUUGGUUAUCCCAGAUGGUAUGAGGGUUGGAUUUCGUAGUUAAAGUGGUACCGGAAUUGUACACCCAUAACUACUGUCCGGAAGAUAAUACUGCAAGAUCUUCGAACUAGAACACGCUUUAGUAAUGAUGGACAUUAGAAAAUAAAAGAGCAAAUAAAACAAACAAUAACAGGAUGUGGAACAUGGAUGAAGAAAAAUGGUAAAACACGACGAAACAAAUGAUGAGAGCAAAACAGGUGCCAAGUCGUGAAAGUUAUAAUUAAAUAUUACGUCAGAAUGAUGCUUCGAAGACCUGGCUCCAUUUUUUCGAAACUGUCCUCAGAUACGAAAUAUUACGUCUUACCGACGAAAUACUCCACUGAAGACCUCAUGGCGGGCACUAUACCCUGCGUGCUUGGGAAACCUCUUCAUUCAGACACACCGGAUUGGAGCGGUGGUCAUAACUAUAAUGUUACUGAUCGUGACUUGUUCCAUAUCGUUAAUGAUAUACACCAAGAAAUACUGUGGACUGGGUACAGAAACGAAACCAAUGAGGAUGGUACACAAGGCGUUCUUUAUGUCGAUAAUAAACACCCUGUUAUAGUUUUUUUACCCCCGGCCGCGCUAGUGAAUCAAAGCUUUCCCGCGCUUUGUGAACGAGAGAAGGCUUCAACUGUAAUAGAUGAUUCUACAAUAACUCCCAAUGAAGAAGAAACAUUAAGAGAAGGCACAACAUGUGAUUCCAAAUCAGGUUUUGUUGAGGGGAUGAUAGUUGGUGUAGCUAUCGGGGCAUUUUCGGUUGGAGCAGCCGGUAUUACCGCAAUGCUUGCUAGACGAUUGUAUAAAUAUCGCAAAGAUCCAGAACAACAAAGAACCAUACAUACAGAACUGAAAACCAGUUCUGGACAGUCCACAGCGUUCACUGGAAUACACAACUAUGUCGACAUAAAUGAUGAGGGAAAUGAGCAGCUAUAUCAGUAUGUAGAUGGAAAUCAUCAAUACGCAUAUCAAGCCAGUGGAAACGAAGCAGAUUACACUGGUUUAGACGCAAGGAAACAUGAAAAUUCAGCAUCAAAGGCGUCGGAUGAAUCAACCGAAAGUUCUGAACAGUCCACAGCGUUCACUGGAAUACACAACUAUGUCGACAUAAAUAAUGAGGGAAAUGAGCAGCUAUAUCAGUAUGUAGAUGGAAAUCAUCAAUACGCAAACCAAGCCAGCUCAUUCGAGGCGGGUUAUUCGAAGUUAUAUGUCAACAGAGCUUGAUCCGUGAAAUUGUUCAAUGACUUUUCGGUCUCUCCCAUCAAAGUUUAUCUUAAUUCAUAUGAACAAUACGUGGUAGUUAUGUUUGUGGAAGCUUGGAAACAAGCGUUCGAUGUCACAUUCUACUCAAAGUGGCUUACAGCCACAGAUGGCAGCAACGAUCUUGGACUACAUUUUGAAAUUUGCAUACUUUUAACGAGUACUAAACAGAGCUUCCAGCGUUUAUAAACUUAACAUUUUCAAAAAAAUAAACUUACAAUUGUUAAAUAGGUAUUUAUAUAAAUAUACACAUAUUAUCUUUGAAAAGCCAUAAUAGAGGUUGUCUGAGGUUUUGGAAAUAUAUAUCGCUGAGACAGUAAAUCUAAAACUCUUUCAUUUUAGUAUUCUAUUGUAACGCGUGUAUAUAUAUAUUAUUUAUUAUAUAAAAGACGAAAGAUUUCUCAUUUCUGUUAAAUGUGGUAUAUUCAUAUUUAUCCGUUAAGAGGUUUUAAAAGUUGCCAGUUUUCUGAAUUGGGAAACAUAAACUGGACAAACAUUAUCAUGUACAUCUUUUUUUUAUUUGCCGCACAAUAAACAUAACAUUUGU